ACAUAUAAAGAUUAUUUUCUUCGCAUCUUUUUUUCUUAAUUUUACAAAAGUUCAUUUCAAAUGGUACAGUCAUUUCGAGUAGUAUAUCUGAAGAGUGAUGGUUUAUGUGCGACAUAAAAACACGCAGUCCAUAAGAUUAAUUUAGUCGCGCGUGAACGAUGCAGAUGUUAUUGUAGGUGUAUACGCUUAUUUCCGUUUAUAUUUUUCCUUUUUUUCUCUUUUUUCUUUUCUUUGUUUUUUUCAAUAAUAAUUACUAGUUAAAUUUAGCGUACAUCAGAUUGUAAGAGGAAUAAAAAAAAAAAAAGAAAAAAUCAAAUAAUAAUGCGAAUGGAAAAAGUAAUGUGGUUGUUGAGUGAACGUUAAUCAUUAUAACAAUGGAUUUAUCAAUGGUACCAUUAACGGCCCUAUCCAUAAGAACUAAAAAUACUAUUUCUAACCUAUUAAAUCCUACAAAAUUUCUUCCAUGCGAUAAUGGUUUACCCAGAGAUUGGAGAGGUCUUGCACAUUUAGCAAAUAUAGAAGGUGAACUUCUACCUUUGGUAUCGUCUCAUUCUGAUCAAACUAUGUUUAUUCUAAAUACUGUUAUAAAAAGAAAAAGUAAUGAUGAUAUUGCAAACUUGCUACAUAUGUUAUCUACGCUAGAAAGAUGGGAUAUUAUUGAUGAUAUUCAACAAUUUAUCGAUGAGGAUAUUAAAAAAUAUUUAGAAUGUUUGGAAAAGUCUCAAAUAACAAUUGAAGCGAUCGAGGAAAAUGUCGAUACUAAAGUACUAACAGUAGAUGAUAUUUAUAGAAUUAAACAAGGUUUAGAAAAUCAGAGAUAUGAUGCUUUUGUAUUGUAUGCUAAUGAAGAUAUUGACUUUGCAAAUGAAAUGAUAGAUCAGCUUGAAAAAUUCAACAUAAAACUUUGUGUAAAGGAUCGAGAUUUAAUAGGAGGUAUUAGUUUUGAACAUGAGGCUGUGAUGACUCUUAUAUCAGAGCGUUGUAAUAGAAUGAUCAUAAUAAUAUCUCCUAAUUUUUUUAAGAGUUCUGCAAACGAGUUUUUUUUGAAUUAUGCUCAAGCUGUAAGCAUUGAUAAGCGUCAGAGAAAAAUUAUACCUUGUUUAUACAAAAAGUGUGUACUACCGAUUCAACUUAGGUAUAUGUGUAUUCUUGAUUAUACUCGAGUCGGUUUAUAUGAUUUUUGGGGACGAUUAAGAGAUUCCAUCCAAGUUUCAAAUACAUUACAUAAUGAAAAUAUAAAGGAGCAAGAAUUAUUAAAAAUAACAUUCAAACAAGAAACUAAAGAAGAAAGUCAUGAAACCAUUCCUUAUUUGCCGUCUCUGGAUAAUUUAAGUACAUUAGAUAUUACAACAGAUUCAACGGAUAUAAGCAAAGAUAAAUCUAAAGAAAAUGAGUCCAAGAAGAAAAGAUUUAAAAAAAUUAAAACAAUUAGAAAGAUGUUGUUAAAGUCAUGAGAGAUAAAAUAUUUUUCAAUAAUUAUGUAAAAAUUCAUUUAUAUAAUGUACAUAUGUAAAUAUGCAAAUCUGUGACUAUAUAUAUAUAUAUAUAUAUACAUACAUGUGUGUAUGUGUGUAUAUAGAAUGUUUUACUUGACUUGGAUAUUUCAAAUGUCUACGCUACUUUUGACGAUAAAAAACAAUGUAAAUAAUAGAAGUAUUUUUUUGUAAUAUCUAUACUUCAAUUUUAUACCUCAUAUUAGAAAAUUUACAACUUCAUAUUCAUAGUAAAUUAAUAUUUAUUGUUUAUAACUCUAUUUUUUUAAUAUUUAAAAAACCAGGAACUAUAAAAUAUAUAUUUUUAAGAGAAUUAAUAUUAUCCUAAUGCAAUUAAUAUUGUUCUUUGCUCUUCUUCCUCCAUCAACUAUUCUUCUUUUUUUCCUCUUCGUCCUGCGACUCUACCUCUUCUUCUGUAUGUUCUUGACGCGGGAUUGCAAGGAUUACGUCUACGUUCUUGACGACCGAAAUUUUCAUGACUUCGCUGACGACGAUAAUGGCGAUUAUCUUCGUUCUGCUUUUGACUUAGAUAACAGACCCACUUACGAACGUUUUUAACAUUCUGCUGGACCGUUAUUUAAUUAAAUUAUUUUUACAAGUAAUCAAUCCACGAGUUUACUUCCACAAAUCCAAGGAAUAGUUUACAACGAAUAUCGUCGAUAUAAUAAUCUUCUAUUUUACUAAUCAUUGAUAGAAAAAUAAUUCUCAUUUUAUCGACUAUCAAAUUCGAGUCUUAUCGACCGCCAGUAAUAUCGAUAUAUUUUUAUUCUCGAUCAAUUUUAUUAAGGUAAUUAUUUGUACUAUAUAUUCCAAUAGAGUUAAUCAAAUAUUAAUACUACUAAUUAUUAUUAUUAAUUAAUACUAUUUAGAAAAUAUUUUACCAUAUAAGCGUCAUUCAACUGUAGGCACCGAAUGUAUUAUUAUUUAAAUAUUAUUUUAUCCAACUUCGCAUAUUAUUUAAAUAAAUAUAAAACUAUCGAAAGUAUUAAUUUUCAAAUAUUCACGUUUAAAAAGAGAGAGAGCUUCGAUGUUUACUCGUUGGAAUACAGAAUAGAACUGAUGCGUUAAUCGUGAAAGUCAAUCAAAGGUUUGUUUAUGUUGAUAUUAGAUGAAAGUAACGACUUCAAAUUCAAAAUUUAAUCCUAUUGAAAUAUCAAAUAAAAACUAUUUUAUAUUUGAGGAGUAUUCCGUGCUUUGUAACGUUUAAGCGAAUGUACUAUUGUUUAAAUAUUAAUAAUAAUAAUUAUUUUUUAAUUUAUUCAACUCCGCUAUCAGGUUUACUUUACGAAAUACGAAAGAUAAAUAACUGAAAAACUGUAAAUGUCGUUGAUAUACUUGUUUUUGUUUCUUUUUUUAUAAAAUUUAUCUUGACACAAUGAUUUAAUAUUUAAUAAUAAUACGAAUAAUUUUAAUAUUUAAUGGAUGUUAAGAUUAUUAGCUUUGUAAUGUUUAAACUAUUACACGAUUGUUAAUUUAAAUGUUAAUUAUACUCUGCUUCCACAUAUAUAUUUUAU